AUGGCCGCUAUGAAAAGCUAUAGUGUGGGCUUGAGGGAGUCUGCUCUCCAGUUUCCGCGUCAUAAUUGCGCUAAUAAGUACAAAAGGAGUGGGAAAUGGAGGCCUCCACAAGCUGCUGUAAUACCAAAUUUUCAUCUCCCAAUGCGUAGUUUUGAAGUUAAAAACAGGACAUCAGCAGAGGAUAUAAGAUCUCUUAGAUUGAUAACAGCCAUCAAAACCCCAUAUCUGCCUGAUGGUCGAUUUGAUCUCGAAGCAUAUGAUGCAUUGGUGAAUAUGCAGAUUGUUAACGGUGCUGAAGGUGUGAUUGUUGGCGGCACAACUGGUGAAGGCCAGCUUAUGAGCUGGGAUGAACACAUAAUGCUUAUUGGCCACACUGUUAACUGUUUUGGUACUUCGGUCAAGGUGAUUGGAAACACUGGAAGCAACUCUACAAGGGAAGCAAUUCAUGCCACAGAGCAAGGUUUUGCAGUUGGAAUGCAUGCUGCUCUUCAUAUCAAUCCAUACUAUGGCAAAACCUCUGUGGAGGGCAUGGUUUCUCAUUUUGACAGUGUGCUACCUAUGGGUCCCACUAUUAUAUACAAUGUGCCUGGCAGAACUGGCCAAGAUAUUCCCCCACGCGUUAUUCAUACUAUAGCACAGAGUUCGAACUUGGCAGGUGUUAAGGAAUGUGUUGGUAAUGAUCGGGUUGAACAGUAUACAGAUAAAGGAAUUGUGGUGUGGAGUGGGAAUGAUGAUGAAUGCCAUGAUGCUAGAUGGAACCAUGGGGCUACUGGAGUGAUUUCUGUUGCUAGCAACUUGGUUCCAGGUUUAAUGCGGAAACUCAUGUUUGAGGGGAAGAAUACUGAACUAAAUUCAAAACUCCUGCCGCUUAUCGACUGGCUAUUUCAGGAGCCAAACCCCAUUGCAUUAAACACAGCUCUUGCUCAACUUGGGGUUGUAAGACCAGUUUUCAGACUGCCAUAUGUGCCUCUUCCUCUGGCCAAGAGGGUAGAGUUUGUGAAUUUGGUUAAGAAAAUUGGUCGGGAGAAUUUUGUAGGAGAAAAAGAUGUUCAGGUUCUUGAUGAUGAUGACUUCAUCUUGAUCGGUCGGUAUUAG